CAAGAAACGUUAUUGUCGUUUGUUCUAUUCCUGUCCUUCCUAGGUUGUCUAGGGUCCAUGGAGUUCAUGGGUCCUUCCGCGCUUAUGGUUUUCUGCUAACUUCCCUCAUUGAUCAAUCACGUCGGGCCUUGGUUCACUAGUCAGAGCUACACCCAUCCAGGGGUUUCCCCCGCCAUGAGACUGUUAAUUAUAGAUCACACUAUCAUCUCAGCGCUUGCAUCCAUCUCCUGUUCCCCUCCUCCCUCCUCCCCAUGCUGCUUGAGAUACAUAUCCCUACCCUACUCGUCCGUCCUAGUAUGCGUCUGUAUGAUACGGUAUCGUACAUGCUCCCUCCCCCUACCCAGUCGGGUGCAUACUCCCCCUCAGCCAUCAACUUCGUCACGUUUAGUGCCAUCUAUCACCCACAUUUCUAAAAUUGGAUCAUAUUUUCUUUGGCAUGUAUCACGGCCAUGAGCUACCAUACCAUGACUUGUUUCUUUGUCCCUUCUACCCUGUACUUGGUGAAAGAUAUGACGCCUUCACUACUUCAGCUGGUGGAAGCCAUG